CAGUCGAGCGCCGAGCUGGGUCACCGCGUUUGGCUGGAGCGGGGCUGCCAUGGGCCUGGGCGCCAGCGCCAAGAGGCCCGCGGGCGGUGCCAAGGGCUUCCACCUGUACGGGGUGCAGGAGAACUCCCCAGCCCAGCAGGCAGGCCUGGAGCCCCACUUCGACUUCAUCAUCACCAUCGGGCACUCGUGACUGAAUAAGGAGAACGACACGCUGAAGGCCCUGCUGAAGGCCAAUGUGGAAAAGCCCGUGAAGCUUCAGGUGUUCAGCACCAAGACCAUGAAGGUGCGGGAGGUGGAGGUGGUGCCUAGCAACAUGUGGGGCGGCCAGGGCCUGCUGGGCGCCAGCGUGCGCUUCUGCAGCUUCCGCCGGGCCAGUGAGCACGUGUGGCGCGUGCUGGAUGUGGAGCCCUCCUCGCCUGCCUCCCUCGCUGGCCUGCGCCCCUACACAGACUAUGUGGUUGGCUCAGACCAGAUCCUCCAGGAAUCCGAGGACUUCUUUUCGCUCAUUGAGUCCCACGAGGGGAGGCUCUUGAAGCUGAUGGUUUACAGUUCCGAGUCCGACUCCUGCCGGGAGGUGACUGUAACUCCCAACGCAGCCUGGGGUGGAGAGGGCAGUUUGGGGUGUGGUAUCGGCUAUGGAUACCUGCACCGGAUCCCAACUCAGCCCCCCAGCCACAAGAAGCCACCCAGACCAAAUGCAUUUGUAAUUUAUUAAUCACAGUUGCCUUCUCUGCCUUCUAAUUCUGUUCCUCCCUGCUUUGAGGGAGAAGGGAGUUUUGCAGCUGCACCUCUCUGCCCCUCAGGGAACAAAGGCAGGCUCCGGCCUCAGUCCAGUGCUCACCUACAGGGAGGGAGGCUUGCCCUGUGAGGAGGUUCACCUGGCAAAUCUCCACAGGACACCAAGCUGCAGAGAGGCCUCAGGUGGCUGCUUGGACACUGACCCUCAGCACCCCUUCCCCGAGCCCUCACUGGCCAGCACUAGCCACCCAGGUCAGCCCAGACAGACACACAGCCUGUCACCGUGAGUACUCUCAGUGCUUACCUGAUGUCAGGGAGUUCUGGGUGACUCCAGUGUCCCAGAGUGGGAGGUCUGGAAAGGGCCUCAGACAUUCUCUGGCCUAGAGAUGCAAGGUGGCCUGCCCAGGGCCAGCAGAGCUAUUGACAGACCAGAGGCUAGAGCCAGGACCCCGAUUCUUAGAUGUAUUCCUUGGUGAUCUUGUCCUAUACUGAAGGGUGGGGCCCUCGAACCAGGACCUCAGAGACAACAUCUGGAGGCCCCUCCAGUCUUCCUGAUGCUGCCAACUAUUUACCAUACUGGAAAGUUGGGCUGCUGAUCCCCAGAAUGAGGAGAGUACAGGAAAGAAAACCCGACCAGCAGCAACUCAGGCGAAAGCAGGAAUCACAUCUUAAUGAAGAAUUUUCUGGACAAAAAGUAGGAGGCAAAAUUUAAAGUGGAUUGUAUGCCAAUUAAGGGCAAAAAGUAGCAUCAAUUGUAUGUCAUCCCUUAUCAUAGUUUCAUAAGAUGACUGACCUCAUUCCAAAAAUAUUUGGAUCCAGACUUGGCUUCAUACACUUAGUGGGAAAGAAUUCUUUGGGCUCAAAUUAGAGAAGGCAAGACUUUCCUGUGGGCUCCGCUGAAACUAGUUUCUUGCAGUGUUGGCUCUGGGCCAGGUUUGGAACCAGGUAUGUGCAUAGAUCCUUGCCUUGGGCCUCCUCAUGGCAAUCACAGGGCAGGCAGUGGUCUUCUCAUUUCAGACUUGAAAGCUGGUGCUCAGAGCAGUUAGGGGCUGAGUGGCAGGUGUAAUGUUUAUGGAAGGAGUUGACUGAAUUCAAAUGCCAAAUGCUGCUUACCAUCCACUAACUGGGAAAAGAGCCCUGGCUGGAGGUCAGAAAGGAUUGGAGAUCAUUCCUAGGCCUUGGGCUUUUUUCUCCUUAGAGCCUGUCUGACUACAAUUCAGAACCUAUAUUUCUCUGUCUGCAUAGGUAGCAAAGUGCAUAGACAGGAUCUGUGAGUUAGCCAGUACGUGAGCCAGAAAAAAAGUAGAAACUACAAGAACAGGAAGGAAUGAUCGGUACCAGUAUUAACAAUGACCAGGCAGAAGGAACAAGAUGUCAUGAUGGAUUAUUCAGCAUUCCUGGGAGGGCUGGCCGCCUGGACCUGGUUGUCCCCUCUGUCUCCCAGAAAAGAGAGUCUCUGGUCGAGGCUCCAGUUGCAGUGGGACAGAAAUGAGGUGUAAUGAGCCACAGGGUCAGGCAAGGUGAACUGUCUUGGGAGUCGAGCCUGGAGGACACGGGGAGCAGGAGAGGGAGGAGAAGGGAUAAGACUUCAGACUGCACCUUGGUAUCGCUGUCAGCCAGCCUCCCCAGGGCCACUGAGGCUUGGCCAGCUCAGGUUUCCAUGUACAGGCAGGGGUCCUUCCCACAGGCAAUCCGACCAUUUCAUUCCCUUGCUGCUACCUCUUCGGAGAAAGCCCAAAUUCUUCAACACGGCUGCUGGAGUCUGGCCCUCUCUCUAAUCUUCUCCCUUGCCUCCCUUUCCCACCACCCACACCUGCUUGUACACUUCUGGAAACCUGACACGCUCUCACCUGGGAGCACCUGGCCCUGCUCUGCCUGAUGCAGGCCCAUCUACAAACACACGUGUGAACUGAUGGGUCACAUGGGAGCAGAUCAGGCUCAGUCUGCCACCUCUUUUGCAC